AUAGCAACAGCAUUUUUAUUAUUACAAUCCGGAGCACCUGAUUAGCGCCUCAAAGACACAAAAAGUUUUUGAACCCCAAAUCCAAGAGGAGUUUGGUCCUACUCCACUUUGUGAAUGCGGAGUAGGACCAAAGAAAAGAGAUAGAAAAGGAAAGUUCAAACCAUCCCUUCCAUCAAUCAUAGCUUAGCUUUCUAACCAUAUGGCCAGACAGAGAUUUAAUUAGGAGUGGCAGAGCUUGCCAGCAUCUACUGGUGUCCUCCAGGACACCAUCGUCUCUGUUGCUCAAACAUUGAGCUGGUAGCAUGUUAUGAAAUGUCACAAGACUGUCAUGCAGCGACAUUGUCUUGUCUGAGGCCUUUUCAGAUUUCUUUCAAGGUUGACCACUACCGAAGAUCCUUCCUACCCACAGCCUCACCAUCUUAUGUUAUGAUCCAGUGUGUAAAGAGAGCGUUUCCACCUCCAGUUGGACUCUCUUUCACUGGGCAGGUGGGGUUGAACCCAAAUGGUUAAUGAUUUUCUAUGAUAGGCAGCUUUCACAGUGCCUUAUCGCCCAGAGAAUCAAGGCAAUUGAAAGCAGCAGCAUUAAUAGACUGACUGUCGAAGCCUUUUCAUACACUGAAUUUGUUUUUGACACGUUUCUUUGAAAAUGAGAUUAAAGCUGAGUGACAUAAAACAAAAUGUAGGCUUUUACUGUGUUAACUUGAUUUUACUAUCUUCUGUGAUGCUGCUCCAGUCCUUGAUUAAACAGCCACAUCCACACUGGAAACAUAAAAGCUGUGCACAUACAUACCAGGACAGACAGAGAUUUGCUGCAAGUGGUCCACCACAGAAUUUACAAUGGGGCAUAAACAGGAAUUUAGCCAGUCCAUCGUCAUAGUCCAGCUUUUAGAACUUUAUUCACCAUUAUCUUAAGCCACUGCUCUGGAAGUUUAAUGUCUGGACAGGACUUUACUCUUAUCAUUAGGACAUUUCACAUCUAAAUAUUUUGCACUUUCAACAGAGUCUCCUGCCCAUGAGUUCAAUGAUUAACAUUCUGGGUUGGACUCUAAAAGGCAGGACAUAAAUAGAGUAACUGUCAUCCUUCUGUCUUCUUCCUCAUCUGCGCUGGAGACAUGGGAAGAGGAUUUUACAUCAGCAAGACGGUGGCAGUGACAUGUCUGGUUGCAACUGCUGGAGUUUUAGCAACCAUCAUUGGCCUCACAGUGUUGUAUGCUCAGGAGAAGUCGAAGAAUGCUGAGUUACUUCCAACCACUGCAGGACCCAGUACAACCAGUGCUGCUUCCACCACACCAUCUGGACCUAAAGAGCCCUGGGACUACUACAGACUUCCUGAAACCCUCUCUCCUGUCCUCUAUAACAUUACUCUAUGGCCCCGGCUGACACCCAACGCGGAUGAUCUGUACAUCUUCACUGGACACUCCAGGGUUGUUUUCAAAUGUGUGAUUGAGACUGAUCUCAUCCUCAUCCACGCCAACGAGCUGAACUUAACUGAGUUUGAUGGAUUUUAUGCCAAACUGAACAGUUUGUAUGGAGAGACAGCACCCACCCUAAAAAAAACCUGGCUGGAGGUUCCCACCCAGUACCUGGUGGUUCAGCUCAACGACCCGCUGCAGCCCGGCAGAUUUUAUGAGCUCUACACAGAGUUUGUUGGAGAGUUGUCAGAUAACUUCGGAGGCUUCUACAGGACCGAAUACUUUGAAGACAACGUGAAAAAAAUUGUAGCAACAACUCAAAUGCAGCCAACAUAUGCCAGGAAUGUUUUUCCCUGCUUUGAUGAGCCAGCAAUGAAAGCUAUCUUCCACAUUACUUUGAUUCACCCUCAGGGGACUGUGGCUUUGUCUAACGCCAUCAACUACGAUCCUGUCAACAUCACCAUGAAUGGAGAGAGUUUAAUUCAGACCAGCUUUGAACCUACUGAGAUCAUGUCAACAUACCUGUUGGCUUUUGUUGUAUGUGAUUUUGCAUACAUUGGGACAAACCCGGAUGCAGCUGUCUUGAUACGGAUCUGGGCUCGCAGGAAGGCCAUUGAAAAAGGCCAGGGGAACUAUGCACUGGAGAAGAGUGGACCCAUAUUGGCAUUUUUUGAGAACUACUACAACUCUUCCUACCCUCUCAAAAAGUCAGACCAGAUUGCUGUUCCUGAAUUUAGCGCUGGAGGAAUGGAGAACUGGGGUUUGAUCAUCUACGGAGAGACAACUCUCCUGUAUAAUCCUGGAGUGUCGUCUAAUGGAGACAAAGAGUGGGUGGCAAAUAUCAUCUCUCAUGAGCUAGCUCAUAUGUGGUUUGGCAACUUGGUGACCAUGAGGUGGUGGAAUAACUUGUGGCUCAACGAAGGGUUUGCCACCUAUGUUUCUUAUCUAGGAGCUGAUUAUGCUGAACCUGACUGGAAUAUGAAAGAUUUAAUUGUUCUUAAUGAAAUUGUCAGUGUGAUGAGGGUUGAUGCCUCAGCUGACUCCCACCCCAUCUCUUACAAAGAGGAGGAAAUCCUGAGACCAGAUCAGAUCAAUGAACUGUUUGACUCCAUCACAUACAGCAAGGGUGCAGCAGUCCUUAGAAUGCUCUCAGACUUUAUUACAGAAACGGUCUUUUCUAAAGGACUUCAUACAUACUUAGAGGAGUUUGCGUAUAACAACACAGACAACAAAGACCUCUGGAAGCACCUGCAAAUGGCAGUAGAUAAAGCUGGUAUAGCAUUGCCCCAUUCUGUGGAAAUCAUUAUGAACCGAUGGAUCCUACAAAUGGGCUUCCCAGUGAUCACCAUCAACACCCAGACCGGAAAAAUCACACAGGAACACUUUCUUUUGGAUCCAGAGUCUGUUGUGGACACACCUUCACAGUUCAACUACGAAUGGUUUGUCCCUGUUACCUGGAUUAAGACGGGUGGUUCUGAACAGCAGUACUGGCUUCUUAACAAGGAAGCCACAAACGCAGAACUGGUUAUUGGUGGCUCUGAUUGGUUGGUGGCCAACGUAAACAUGACAGGUUUCUACAGAGUCAAUUACGAUGAAACAAACUGGGAACGUCUUAUUGCUAAGCUGAUCUCAAACCAUCAGGAAAUUCCUGUGAUCAAUAGGGCUCAGAUUAUUGAUGAUGCCUUUAAUCUUGCAAAGGCAAACAUAGUUGAGACAACUCUGGCUCUGAGGAUGACUACAUUCCUGAAUAAAGAAGUGGAAUAUAUGCCCUGGGAGACAGCCAGGCGUAACUUGAAUUACUUCUUUCUUAUGUUUGACCGUAGUGAGUUGUAUGGACCCAUGCAGGCCUACAUAAAAAAACAGGUCACCCCCUUGUUUCAUUACUUCCAAGAUCUCACAGUAAAUUGGACGAAGAUGCCAGAAAAGCACACAGAUCAAUACAAUCAGAUCAAUGUGAUCUCCAUGGCCUGUAGCUCAGGACUGGAAAGCUGCAGAGAACUUACAUCUGGCUGGUUUAAAGAGUGGAUGAACAACCCUGCUGUCAACAACAUCAAUACCAACCUGAAGUCCACAGUGUACUGCAAUGCGAUUGCAGCUGGAGGAAAAACAGAAUGGGACUUUGCAUGGGAGAUGUAUAGGAACACCACGAUUGCCUCAGAGGCAGAAAAACUUAGGCAUGGUCUGUCCUGCACCAAAGAGCCCUGGCUGUUAAACAGGUAUUUACAGUACUGCCUGGAUCCAGAGAAGAUCCGGAAGCAGGAUGUAUCUGAUACUUUUAUUAACAUUGCACGUAACCCUGUCGGGCAACCUCUGGCUUGGGAUUUUAUUAGAGCCAACUGGGACUACAUAAUAAAUGAAUAUGGUCAAGAAUCAAUUUCCAUCGAAAGUAUUAUUGAUGGAUUGACGGAACGAUUCUCUACUGAGUAUGAAUACAAACAGUUGGAGCUAUUCAAAGAAGAGGUUGAAGCAAAGCUUGGCUGGGAAGAUGAGACUUUUGAUCAAAUGCUGGAAAGAACCAAGACCAACAUAAACUGGGUGGCCCUAAACAAGAAACCACUGUCUGACUGGUUAAUCAGUCAAACAUCUGGAAUUUAGUGAACCAAGCCAUUCAGUGUACGGGGGAUAAAAUUGGAAUUUUUAUCCCCGUAUGGUUUGUAGAAUAAUUUUUCUACAAACCCUUUUUCUUUGCCUAAAAACCCUUUUUCUUUGCCUAAAGCAGCCAUGUAUUUGAACUUGUAUUAAAUCUUGCCUUUAUUAAAGAUUUUUUAAAAACAAAAGCCUUAAACAAUGCCUUGCAUUGAAGAGUCUACAUGCAAAAUUGUUGGGUAAAUUGUAUUAUUGGUAUUAUCAAUUAUUUGUUGUUCAUGUAGUCUUAUAGUUAUAUCUUUAUAAUGUCUUACUUAUAUGCCUUUACUUCAUUUUACUUCAUUUUAAUCUUAGUAUAAAGAGUGUUGUGCUGAAUAACUUUGAUUCCUUCCUGAGGCCUUCCUGAGAGAAAGCAGUGACAACCGCUUCCAGCAGAGUUUGCGGCCCGGCCGGAAACUCUGCUCUCCUUGACCUGUUAGAUAGCAACAAAGCCGUCACCGUGAAGACAUACAACUUGUCUGCUCGACGCCGUGCCUGGAACAGAAGAAUCUAGUGUGUAGAUAACAUGUGUCUAUAUAGUGAUUGUCAUUAGCGCUGCAACUAUGUGAUGAUUUGUUUUCCCCGCCCUUUGAGAGUUGCAGCGCCCUCU